UAUUUGCUCUAAUAUUGCUCUAAUCUAGGCUGGUUGUCAAGUUCUCUGUUUUCCUGAUUUGGAAAUAGGUCAAAAUUACACAAUGUUUAAAUUAGUUGGAGAGUAUCUUGGAUACUUCAUCCCCUCCCCCUUGGAUGAGGUCUUUAGAAGAGUAUUCAGAAACUUUAACAAACAUUGGGAGCAGCCAGCUUUAUAAAAGCUAGACGACUGUGGAACGAGCAUAAGUCUGUCUGAGAAUGAUGGCAAGAAUACAGACAACUUUAAUUUGCCUUCUUCUCCUCUGUCUCCUUCAGGAUUCGUUAAGUAGACAUGUCCCCCAUGAAGGUGGCCAUGCUUUGCAACCUCGCAUCCAGAGAGACAUAAAGAAUGUAGAUCACCCUGUGGUCUUACAGGGGCCAAUAACUCAUGUAACGGAUGUAGACGCAAUCCUCCGGAAGCACAAUAUCACUUUACCAAAUGGCUACCUUGGUCAGUGCACUGUUGUGAACAGCUGUGAGGGUCUGAAAGAGCAACUGGAGGACACAAACAGACAAUUGCAGGAGAAAACCAGCAACACCAUUCAACUGGAACAAGAAGUGUUUAGACUGAAGCUCACAGUGAGAGAGUUGAGAGUGAAGUCUGCAACCUGCGGUCUGGAAACAUCAGAUCACAUUGCCAAACUGCAAGCUCAGUUGGAGGAUAAGAUGAGUCAACUGGAACAGAUGUCGCAUGACAAUGGAAACCUGGUUCUGAGGAUCACAGCUCUUACCUAUGAAGUGAAUGAAUUACAGAAGAAGAACACAUCCACCUCAACUUCCACCAAGAUCACUGACCUACUGAGCCAGCUGGAGGAAAAGAAGAAACAAUUGCAGUUUAAAACAGAACAACUGGAAAGGAACAGUCACAGUUCUCAACGUAUUCUUGAGAUUAUUGAACUGCAGACCCAGAUCUGGGAGUUAGAGAAAACAAAUCACAGUCAGGAGACUUUAACCCAAAUCACUGUUCUACAGAGACAAGUGGAUGCCAAGAUCAAUGAACUGGAGAGCAACUCCGAAGGGAGUGAUGACUCCAAAAUAGUGGUGAUGAUGAUCACAUUGGAGAAUGAGGUUACAGAGCUACAGAAAAGGAUCUCGGAGCUCACUGAGGAAUCCAAAACUAAAAUGACUGAUCUACAGAGGCAACUGAAGGAGAUGAACCAGCAACUAAUUGACAAGAUAUUACAACUGCCUGACAACAACACUGACACUGAACUAACUGAGGAGAUUUUAGCGUUGCAGAAUGCAAUAAAUAACCUAUACAUACAAAUAUCAAACCUACAAAAGAAGACCAAUGCCCAACAUGCAGAGCUGCAGAAGAAUUUAAACAACAAGGAAAAACAACAAGAAGCUUGGAAGAAACAACUGAAGAGGGAGGACGAGACUAGCGUAGAGCUGAUUAUGAAGAUAAUUUCUAUAAUGAGGGAACAGAGGGAUUUACAGAUACAAACAACACAGCAGAUGCAGACAACAGCAGCCCAGAUCACUGCACUUCUGCAACAAGUUCAGGACAAAGAGGAUGAGAUUGACAGAGUUCAGGCUGAAAACAAAGACCUGCAGAAACAGCUGAAGGAGAAUAAUGCAACGUGUUUCAGUCUCGAGAACAAAUAUGACCGGGUGAGGGGUGAAUUAGAGGACAAGAUAAACUUACUUAACAGUCAAAAUUCAGGCAUCUCCAAACUAGUUCUAAGUAUCGUGGCUCUGAAUGAUGAAGUGAAGUGGCUGAGGACUCAAAUCAUUUCUCCAGAAGCCGCAGACAAGAUCGAUGAGCUACAGAAGCAACUGGAGCAGAAGAACCGAGAAUUAAAAACGAAGAGCAACGAACUGCAGGAAAAAAGUUCAAACGGACAAAGGAUUCUGAGAAUAAUUGAGGUGCAGAAUCUGAUAUGGGAGUUCCAGAAAGGAGUGGCUACUCAGAGCAACAUUUACCAGAUUGCAGUGCUACAGAAAGAGCUGAAUGACCUGACUGCUGAAAUGGAGGACAAGGCCGAUGACGACUCAAAACUGGUUCUGACGAUAACCACAUUACAGAGUGAGGUGGUCAACCUACAGAGAAUGCUGUCAGCUCUCAGUCAGUCAACUGCAGCCCAGAUAGUUCGGCUGGAGAAGCAGUUGGAGGAUAAGAAGAAGCAGUUGGCCAAGCUGGUUGAGCAAAGUGGAAAGGGUCCAAAAAUGUCAAACCUUGAGAAUCAAAUAAGUGAAAUAGAAAAAAGAAUAGCAGAGCUAAAAGAAGAAAAUCCUGAAGCCAAGAUCACCGAGCUGACAACACAGCUUAAGGAAAGCGAGAGGCAGCUUGAGGAGAACAUAAACAGACUGAAGAAGAAAGACAGCAAGAAUUUUUACCUGAUUAUGCAAAUUCUUCAUCUACAAAGGAAACUCAGAGACAUACAAAAUGCUGCAUCUCAGCAAUUCAAUGAAACUGCUGCUGAUGUUACUGCGCUUCAGGAACAACUAGAGGCCAGAGAGGAAGAGAGCGCCAGAUGUCAGGCCCAGAACAAAGACCUGAAGAAGAGGCUGGGCGAUAAGGAUGCACAGUGCUCUGGACUCCAGGACCGAUAUGACAAUCUGCAAGAUAAGCUUGGUUCUGCAAUGAAUAAACUGGACAAUGUAACUGGAUACAACGACAAACUCGUUCUUGAGGUAUGGACCCUGACUAAUGAGGUAGACGAUCUAAAGAAGAGAACUGUGACUUCUGCAACUAAGAUCAAUGAGCUCCAAAAGUUGCUGGAUGAGAAGAUCAAAGAACUGGCAAAGAAAACACAGGAACUGGAGGAUAACGCUCCUCAACCAGAGAACGUUCUAAGGAUCAUUGCAAUACAGAAUGAGAUCUUGAACCUGCAGAAAGGAGUUAGCAAUGGGACAAACUUUGACCAGAUUGCUGCACUUGAGAAUGAACUGGAUGCAUUGAUUGCCACAAUCGAGGAGAAGAACAAUGGCAACUGUAAACAGAUUCUGCAGAUCAUUGCACUCCAAAAUCAAGUGACAAGAUUGCAGAGGCAAGAGUUAGAGUUCAAUCAGUCAUCUGAGGCCAAGAUUGCUGAGCUAGAGAAUCAGCUACAGGAGACGAGAGACCAGCUGAAUGAAAAGAAAGACGAGCUGAAAGAAACUGAUAGUAGAAUUCCACAACUCAUUGCAGAGAUCAUGGGACUUCGUAACAAACUGACAGAGUUAGAAAGAACAUUAUCAGAGCUCAAACGGACAAGUGCUGACAAGAUGGAAGAUCUACAGAGUCUACUGAAGCAGAAGAGCAAGCAGCUUGAAGAAAACACUACACAACUGAGGGCUGUAGAUGCCAAAAAUGCAGAACAGAUUCUGAAGAUCAUUGAACUACAGAAACAAAUGAAUGAGAUACAGAUUGAAGCUUCAAAAGGCAAAGAUGAAACUGCAUCAGAAAUCUCUGCGCUUCAGGAGCAACUAGAGGCCAGAGAGGAAGAGAGCGCCAGAUGUCAGGCCCAGAACAAAGACCUGGAGAAGAGGCUGGGCGAUAAGGAUGCACAGUGCUCUGGACUCCAGGACCGAUAUGACAAUCUGCAAGAUAAGCUUGGUUCUGCAAUGAAUAAACUGGACAAUGUAACUGGAUACAACGACAAACUCGUUCUUGAGGUAUGGACCCUGACUAAUGAGGUAGACGAUCUAAAGAAGAGAACUGUGACUUCUGCAACUAAGAUCAAUGAGCUCCAAAAGUUGCUGGAUGAGAAGAUCAAAGAACUGGCAAAGAAAACACAGGAACUGGAGGAUAACGCUCCUCAACCAGAGAACGUUCUAAGGAUCAUUGCAAUACAGAAUGAGAUCUUGAACCUGCAGAAAGGAGUUAGCAAUGGGACAAACUUUGACCAGAUUGCUGCACUUGAGAAUGAACUGGAUGCAUUGAUUGCCACAAUCGAGGAGAAGAACAAUGGCAACUGUAAACAGAUUCUGCAGAUCAUUGCACUCCAAAAUCAAGUGACAAGAUUGCAGAGGCAAGAGUUAGAGUUCAAUCAGUCAUCUGAGGCCAAGAUUGCUGAGCUAGAGAAUCAGCUACAGGAGACGAGAGACCAGCUGAAUGAAAAGAGAGACGAGCUGAAAGAAACUGACAGUAGAAUUCCACAACUCAUUGCAGAGAUCAUGGGACUUCGUAACAAACUGACAGAGUUAGAAAGAACAUUAUCAGAGCUCAAACGGACAAGUGCUGACAAGAUGGAAGAUCUACAGAGUCUACUGAAGCAGAAGAGCAAGCAGCUUGAAGAAAACACUACACAACUGAGGGCUGUAGAUGCCAAAAAUGCAGAACAGAUUCUGAAGAUCAUUGAACUACAGAAACAAAUGAAUGAGAUACAGAUUGAAGCUUCAAAAGGCAAAGAUGAAACUGCAUCAGAAAUCUCUGCGCUUCAGGAGCAACUAGAGGCCAGAGAGGAAGAGAGCGCCAGAUGUCAGGCCCAGAACAAAGACCUGGAGAAGAGGCUGGGCGAUAAGGAUGCACAGUGCUCUGGACUCCAGGACCGAUAUGACAAUCUGCAAGAUAAGCUUGGUUCUGCAAUGAAUAAACUGGACAAUGUAACUGGAUACAACGACAAACUCGUUCUUGAGGUAUGGACCCUGACUAAUGAGGUAGACGAUCUAAAGAAGAGAACUGUGACUUCUGCAACUAAGAUCAAUGGUGAGUAUCCCUGUUGCUGCGCAUUAUUCAUGGCAAAUCAUGUUUGCUUUGAAAGAUAUACAUAUGUUAGCAUUGAUCCUGUCAUGAUUUUUACUUGUCUUUCAGAGCUCCAAAAGUUGCUGGAUGAGAAGAUCAAAGAACUGGCAAAGAAAACACAGGAACUGGAGGAUAACGCUCCUCAACCAGAGAACGUUCUAAGGAUCAUUGCAAUACAGAAUGAGAUCUUGAACCUGCAGAAAGGAGUUAGCAAUGGGACAAACUUUGACCAGAUUGCUGCACUUGAGAAUGAACUGGAUGCAUUGAUUGCCACAAUCGAGGAGAAGAACAAUGGCAACUGUAAACAGAUUCUGCAGAUCAUUGCACUCCAAAAUCAAGUGACAAGAUUGCAGAGGCAAGAGUUAGAGUUCAAUCAGUCAUCUGAGGCCAAGAUUGCUGAGCUAGAGAAUCAGCUACAGGAGACGAGAGACCAGCUGAAUGAAAAGAAAGACGAGCUGAAAGAAACUGACAGUAGAAUUCCACAACUCAUUGCAGAGAUCAUGGGACUUCGUAACAAACUGACAGAGUUAGAAAGAACAUUAUCAGAGCUCAAACGGACAAGUGCUGACAAGAUGGAAGAUCUACAGAGUCUACUGAAGCAGAAGAGCAAGCAGCUUGAAGAAAACACUACACAACUGAGGGCUGUAGAUGCCAAAAAUGCAGAACAGAUUCUGAAAAUCAUUGAACUACAGGAACAAAUGAAAGCGAUACAAACGGAAGCUUCAAAAGCCAAAGAUAAAAGUGCAUCAGAAAUCGCUGAGCUACAGAAACAACUUAAGGCCAAGGAGAAGCUGAAUGCAAGACUUGACUCCAAAAACAGAGAGCUGGAGAAAUUUCAGAAGGAAAUGAAAAUGGAAUGUGAUGAAAUCCAGCACAGGUGCAAAGAGGUACAGCUUCAAACAGAUCAAAACCAAGAGGACUUGCUUAAAAUGCAGCAGCAAUUACAAGAGAAGGAGGCAGCCUUCAAUAGACUGCAGCAGCAACUCAGAGACAGCAAGGAUGACAAUGCCAGACUACAGGAGAUGAAUAAGAGUUUGCAAGAGGAGAAUGACAAACUCAAGAUGAAUUUACAAGAUCUUCUGGUAGAUCCAGAAACGGUUGUCCAUAGCACUAAGGUGGCCUUCGACCCGGACACAGCCCAUCCUAAAAUCAUUCUGUCAACGGAUGAGACAGUAAUGUCUGUAGCGCAACAGCGACAGAAUGUCCCCAACGAUCCAGGGCGGUAUGACUUGUCUCUUGCUGCUCUUGGAAAGACUGGGUUUAACAGCGGGAGAAAUUACUGGGAGGUUGAAGUGGCUGGGAAGACAUGUUACAAUAUCGGAGUUGCCAGAGGAUCAGCUAAUAGGAAGGGGCAGCUGAAACUAAAACCAGCAGAAGGCUACUGGACCAUAAUCUUGACAAAACAAGGUGUGCUCAAAGCCCUUGCAGCUCGGCCACUUGAUAUUCAGCUGCCUGCGGUCCCCCACAAGUUUGGAAUACUUUUAGACUACAAGAAGGGAGAGGUCUCUUUCUACAAUGCAGAUACCAGGUCUCUUCUCCAUACAUUCACAGGCAAUAGAUUCACAGAUAAACUAUAUCCAUUCUUCAAUACCUGUCUGGAGACUAAUGAUGAGGAUGCUCCGAUUGUCUUAACUCGUGUUGGUUCGGUGUCAUGGAUAGACUAGAGAAUGCAUUUGAAAUCAAAUUAAUUUCUGUAUAAAAUCACAUUUCAUUUCAUUUUCUGUGGUAGUGAUUCAAGAUAAAGUAAUUUCAAUUAUGCAUUUUCAAUCAUUCAACAAAUAAAAUAUUGCACCUGAUCUA